UUGCAAAGAGUAAAGAGUUGCUGAUCAACUAUUUCGUAUCUUUCAUUCUGCUUCUAAGUCAUUGUUCAUUGGUGUGGUGGUCAGAUUUAAUGUGAGAAAGGAAGUAACUAAAUUCAGACAUUUGCUUUAUCGCUUGCUUACGGCAGUGUGCUCUCUUACUUCUGUCAGUCAAUAAUAUCCAACGUCUAAGGAUUUGUUUUUCAUCCCCACGGGAGACGAGCUCUCUGUGUUGUACGUAGAUAGAUAGCCCUUGAGAGCGUCACUUCCCAUCAUACAUGCCAUACAACGCUUCCUACUCUCGUCAUAUGUGCGCUUUCCAAGCGUUUCUCAACGAAGAGGAAGGAACAACAACCAACCAGCGAUAGCUGAGAUCUCCAUGAACGACAGGCGAAUUUUCUGGUGAGUCUCGCUUUGCUUUAGGAGUUCGUCAUGGCGCUUUCAGUUGCACCCUCAUCCGCUCCCAUGGCCCUCGCCUUCCCGUCCUCCCCUCCCUUUUCACAUUCUCGCUCCCAUCACGACUGUACUCGUCACCAAGCUGUGAAUUUCAAACAAGAGGCGUUGCUUCAUAACAACGCUUUUUCGCAUCUAAAGCUAAGCCACACUGCCACAGAACUCGGCCCAGAUAAUCGUCAUUAUCCCCAUCUUCAUCAUCAUCAUCAUCAUCCAACACAACCAACGACAAAUUCCACCAUGAGCCGUGACUACCAGUGCCAUAAUCAUCUGAGAGAACCUCUUUACGCUGUCGUGAAUAAGCGUCCGAAAUAUGCUUCGAGCCCUCAAUUCGUGAAAAACAGCGGUAAAGUGCCUUCACAAUUUGAAAUCCAACAUAGCGAAAGUGAAUUGCUCCACCGAUGUGCUAUCGUAAUACAACGUGCAUAUCGAGCGUACCGACUCCAUAAACAAUUUUCAAAGCUCAUGACUUUAGCGCUGUCCUCGGAUCAGCUUGAAAAUAGAGAGCUUCUACACAAAAUGGAGGAUCAACGCGCAAACUCCACAACCAACUCACAAAUGCGAGAUUUGAGAUUGAACUCACCCAUUAAUGCAAUUGAUAAGCUAAUUCUAGAAGCUGCUGGAAUUCCCAUUGACACAAAAGUUAAGGCAAAAUCUGCUUCUCAGCCUCUACGAAGAUCGAUGUCGCUGCGAAGUAAGCAGAAUAAGGACAUUGGCCAUCGACGAUCCAGAUCAGUUGUGCGAGAGGUUGCAAAGAAUGGAGCAGACGAAUUUCAGACUGGAUUGACGGUUCCACCAUGUCCUCCCCUCCGAGGUGAGGAAUUUUACAACAUUCCGGAGCAUAUCGACAAUCAAAUGUAUGUGACAAGAGAUUCCCUGUACUCGAACGAUGUGUCGUUUCAUCAAGAACGACCUCGACCUCCCCAAAGAACAGUGUCCUUUCUAGCGCAUGAAACAUUGCCUAGAAAAAUAUCUUUCCUCAAAGAAAGAGAACUCUGCCUCCGUAUGACGCAGAAAUCAGAGCCAUCGCGUCAGUACGAUCCAAGGCUUCAAAUUCACUCUGAUACCAAUCUUUACAGGCAUGAACCUGCCUCAGACCUCCUUCAGGAAAGAUACUUUCAUUAUGCUGGCCAACCGUGUCAAUCCGGGGCUUCCACCACUGAUCAAGGCCUUAUCGAUCAACAACAUACACGAUCAUUUUCUAGUCCCGCUCCAAUACCGAGUUAUUCGAAAGAUGCUCAAAGUCCCUUGCUCCAUCCCCCGGAAGCGACGAGACGAACCGAGUCACCUCUACCACCCCCACCGUACAUGUCACCGCCGGCUCAUAGAUCACCUCCUGACCUUCCAUUGCCAUCACCCCCUCCUGUGGAAAUAGAAAUGCCUCCACCUGCUGCAGUCCCCUCAAUGGUAGCCAUUCCAAACUAUAUAUCGUGCCCAAAUCGUGUUCAAAGUGACCGAGCCUCUUCCUCAUCAAGCAUUGAUAGUGGUUAUGGUCGAUCUUCAGCGAUGGAGUCGAUCAAGGUGGAGCAUGGUCAAUCGAAAGGCAUGAAUCAGCCAUCAUCACCCCAAGCCUUCAAGGAACUUUCCAACCAAUAUAAUUCUUCACCUUCUCGAGAGCUUGAGAUGGAUUCAAAUCUUCAGAACAUGAUUAAUCACGCUCGCCAAGCCAUGUCGCCGAUCGAGGCAUUUUCUUGGACUACAAUCACUAAUCCCAUUCAGGGUAAAGGCAAAAAAACAGUUCGAAUUCAAAUCCCCGAGCCUGUGUCCUCCAGCCAUCCCUCUGAAUUGCUUGUCACCGACCAAGUAAAGCGAGAGGAUAACGACGACAGCUUUCGUCGCCGACAAUAUCGAGUUGGACUGACCUUAUUUAACCAGAAUCCCGAUAUUGGCAUAGAGUAUUUACUGAAGAAGCAGUUCUUGGACUUCUCGCCAGCAGCUACUGCGGCCUUUUUACUGGGAAGGAAGGGAUUGAGCAAACGAGUGAUUGGCGAAUACCUUACAAACCUUCAAAGACCGUUCAAUUUGGCGGUCCUCCAUUGCUUCAUACAUGGAAUGGACUUUACUGGUCUACAUCUUGAUAUCGCUUUGCGCCAACUGCAAGAAGAGGUUACUUUACCUGGGGAGGCUCAAAAGAUCGAAAAGAUAGUAGAAGUAUUUUCCAAACGCUAUAUUCAAUGCAAUCAAAUGUUUGUAGCCGGAUUCCGAUGCCCUGACACGAUCUUUGUUCUAAGUUACGCCAUCGUGUUGUUGAACACCGACCUCCAUAGUCGAGCUGUCCGGUCCAGUCGUCGAAUGAGACGGGAGGAUUUCAUCAGGAAUCUCAAAGGUGUCGAUUCAGGUCAGGAUUUGGAUCUGGAGAUGCUUCAAGGGAUAUACGACCGGAUUCGAAACACAGAGUUUAGGGUUGGGUCUGACCAUGUCACUCAGGUGAAUAAAGUUGAGGAAAGUAUCACUGGCAAAGGCCGCAAUGAAUUGGCCUUGGCUGAGCCCCAUCGUCGAUUGGUUUGCUUUUGCAGGCUCACCGAAGUCAUGGAUAUCAACCGACAAGAAAAAAAGGCUGGCGUCCAUCAACGAGGAGUGUUCCUUUUCAACGACGUUUUAGUGAAUACCAAGACCAUAGUGAGUAAAAAGAAAACGCAACACCAAUAUCGAGGGACGAUUUUGUUGAAUGAAAUACGAGUUGCUCCAUUCAGCUCAGCUCACUUCACAUGUGGAAUCCAGUUGCAAGAUCGUCUUACUGGGAAAGUGGUUCUCACUUUUAAUGCACGAAGUCAUAACGAUCAACAAAGAUUCUUGUCCGAUCUGCAAGAGUCAAUUGCUGAAACAGUCGACUUUGAACGUGCUAAAAUGUUUAUGAAUUCACCCGAGGAAUCGUUAUGUUGAUAAGCGAAAUACAUGUUUUUGAACAUUGCA